AUGAGGAUCUCACCUGUAAGAGUGAGGCUUUUGCUUUUUAAUGACUUACUGGCUUCUUACAUCCAAAGAAUGCUAUUGAAGAAAACAAGUUUCCAUAAACCAUCUUUGAUUUUGCCAUUAUGGCAAACAUUUAAAUAUUUAUUGAUUAAACUUGCUUUUCUGAAAGUUGCAGCUGACGUUCUGGCUUUUGUGAGUCCACAAAUAAUGAAAGCAAUGAUAGUGGCCAGUGAAAGUCAGCCUAGCUCAUAUUGGAGGGGUUGUGGCUAUGCUAUUGCCCUGUUUGUUGUAGUUCUCUCACAAACUCUUCUCCAUCAGUUAUACCACCGUAACAACAUACUUACUGCAGCCAGAAUCAAGACUGCAGUUGUUGGCCUGGUAUACAAAAAGGCCUUAACUUUAGCAAAUUCCUCACGACAAAACUAUACAACUGGGCAGAUUGUUAACCUGAUGUCAGCAGAUGCUCAGCAGCUCCUGGAGCUAGCUCUCAACAUGAACGUGUUGUGGUCGGCACCUUUUCAGAUCGCCAUGGCUGUCGUCUUCCUCUGGAAAGAGCUCGGCCCCUCGGUCCUAGCAGGUGUUGCAGUGCUGCUUUUGGUUAUACCUGUAAAUGCACGCAUUGCAGCCAAAGUAAGAAGGCUGAAGAAAAGCCAAAUGAAGUAUUCAGAUCAACAAGUCAAGCUAUUAAGUGAAAUAUUACAUGGAAUAAAGCUCAUCCUUUGUGAUACAUAA